AUGGCGCUCACGCCCCAUGAGCUUGCGCAGCUGCGGGUCGCGCUGCAGGACGCAGUGGUGAGAUGCUCAGAGCGCUGCUUGUACCAAUCGGCGAAAUGGGCGGCGGAGCUGUUGACGUCUCUGCCCGAGCCAACAGAGGAGGAGCUCGAGGACGCCGACAACGAGCAGCCUCACCUGUCCCCCGUCUUCCUGCCAAACCAGGACCCGGAGGAGGCGCAGCUCGAGUCCAAGGAGCUAAGCAAGUACCUGCUCGCCAAGUCGCUCUUUGACUGCCGCGAGUAUGACCGCUGCGCCGCCGUCUUUCUGCCCGACUCUCUCUUCUCCACGGUGCUCGGCUCCAGUCCGGACGCGGGCGGCGGCACGCCGAGCAAGAGCAAGAGCAAGGCAAAAUCGACAGAGGCUGCAGCGUCUUCUUCCCUACCAAAGAUUAGCCAAAAGAGCCUAUUUCUCGCCCUGUACGCCAAGUUUCUCUCGGGCGAGAAGCGCAAGGCGGAAGAGUCCGAGAUGGUCACUGGACCACAAGACCUCGGCACUGUUGUGAAUAAGCAGCUCCUUGCGGUGGGGAGCUACCUAUCGUCGUGGUUUGGAGCAAAGACUGUGGAUAACGAAGUGGUUGGAAGCCAGGGCUGGCUGGAAUACCUAUAUGGUAUGGUGCUUGCCAAGGAAAAGAAUGAUAAAAGGGCUCUGGGAUUCUUUUUGCAGAGUGUGCACAAAUUUCCCAUGAAUUGGGGCUGCUGGCUAGAAAUUACAUCCCUGACCUCUAGAAGCGAAGACCUGGAUCGCAUAUCUCGACACUGUCCGCAAAACAUCAUGUCAUACAUGUUUCACUUACAUACGUCGCUCGAACUGUACCAACAUUCAGCAGGUCUAGCAAACUCGCUCGAGCAGCUCAUGGGUAUUUUCCCCACGUCGUCUUUUCUUCUAACUUGCAACGCGCUGUUGGCAUACCACGAAAAGGAUCUCUUGCUUGCGGAACAACACUUCAGCCGCCUACUAUCCUUGCACCCGCAUCGCCUCGACUCCCUGGAUCACUACUCAAAUAUUCUAUAUGUUCUGAACCUUCGACCAAAGCUCGCAUUUUUGGCGCACCUAUGCUCUAGUGUGGACAAGUUUCGACCAGAAGCUUGCGUUGUAAUCGGAAACUACUAUUCGUUACUAUCCAUGCACGAAAAAGCCGUACAGUAUUUCCGCCGCGCGUUGACGCUAGACAGGACCUGCUUGUCGGCCUGGACGCUAAUGGGCCACGAAUACGUCGAGCUCAAGAAUACCCACGCAGCCAUUGAAUCAUACAGACGUGCAGUAGAUGUCAACCGCCGUGACUACCGUGCGUGGUAUGGCCUGGGUCAGACAUACGAAAUGCUCGAGAUGCACACGUAUUCACUGUGGUACUACAAGAAAGCCGCGGGCCUGCGGCCGUGGGAUGGCAAGAUGUGGAUGGCCGUUGGAUCAUGUCUGCAAAAGAUGGGCAGGGACCGUGAUGGUAUCAAAGCUCUGAAGCGUGCUCUGCUCGCCGAUGCAUACUACGACGCCGGCAGCAGCUUUGGAAACGGCGGAGACGGUUUCGGCUCACAAGCGGCGACAGCGCACAUGGAUCCCGAAAUUCUUUUGCAAAUUGCGACCAUGUACGAGCAGAUUGGCGAGGAAGAGGAAGCAAAAUCAUACAUGGAGCUUUGUGUAGGGCAAGAGGAUGGCGGCGGUCCCGCUGGCAGAGAUGCAGACGGCGCUGUUGUCGAUGCGUCGCGCGCGCACAACGACUCGCCAGGAGGAUCUGAUGACGGAGAGCGCGAGGAAGGGCGCAACGAGGGAACGGGCGUCACGGCCGCCACUAGUAAAGCGCGCAUGUGGCUGGCCCGGUUUGCCAUGCGCACCUCGGAUUAUACAGUGGCUCACCGGCUUGCGACUGAGCUUUGCCAAGAUGGUGUCGAAGUUGAGGAGGCCAAGGCUCUGGUGCGCGAGGUCCGGUCACGUCUAGAUACUUCCGAGGGAAUUUUGACCUGA